UCCUCCUCUUUCUCAUAUUCUUCAUCUUCAUCAGUGAGGCUGUGGGCCGAGGCACUGGUUUUAUUCACUUGAGUGACUGGACUUCAUUUGCCGGGAAUGUGGUACUUUUAAUGCAAACUAGUGUAUUACUAGCUAAUAUCAGUUGUAAUAAGUGUUCGUUCUCAAAGUUUCCUGUCAACAUUCGAAAUGGGAUUACGCAUCUUUGGAGCGCCACUUUGGGCAUAUGCGUGUGUCUGUUUGUUUGUUUCACUUCUGCACGCAGUUCAAUCCCAAUCAGACGCAUCUGGUGCGCGAGCGAGCUCACAGAGAGCACCUCUGAGACAGACACUGCAGUGGUCUCACAAUGGCAAACUUUUCAGUAUUUUGAGCCAGGGAUCCGAGUACCAUCCCGCGAGGAGGCGAGGCGCAGCACAAGGCCAAGUGGAUUCACAAACUGUCACCAUCAUCCGGGACGAAGCGAGCGAACAGCAUCAUGACCCGCAGCAGCAGCGCUCCAGACCGGCCUCUGGGCUGCCAGUCCCUCUCCAGAGGCUCUUCAGGGGAAAUGCACACACAGCCGAGCGCGCACACACGCGCAGGAAUAGCACGGCCAAUGAAACAGUUUACAACCCCACCGUGGUUCCAAGGCCAUCGCAAAGAGACGACAUGAUGGUCGGUGAUGACCCCUAUGAUCCAUACAAGUCCAUCGACUACGAAAAUCCGUAUUAUAACCAUUAUGAUGUUUAUGACCGGCCCGGAAGGAGGCAGAGACCAGGAUACGGCACCAGGUACCACCAAUAUGGUCUCCCAGACCUGGUUCCUGACCCAUAUUACAUGCAAGCUUCUAUCUAUGUUCAGAGAGUGCCCAUGUACAGCCUGCGAUGUGCGGCUGAGGAAAACUGUCUGUCCAGCUCAGCAUAUAGGUCCAGUGUUCGGGACUAUGACACGCGGAUGCUGCUCAGAUUCCCACAGAGAGUCAAGAACCAGGGCACAGCCGACUUUCUCCCUAGCCGGCCGCGCUACUCCUGGGAGUGGCACAGCUGUCACCAACAUUACCAUAGCAUGGAUGAGUUCAGUCACUAUGAGCUGCUGGAUGCCAGCACUCACCAUUCAGUGGCAGAGGGACACAAGGUCAGCUUCUGUCUGGAGGACACUUCCUGUGACUAUGGUUACUACCGCCGCUACGCAUGCACCGCUCACAAACAGGGGUUAAGCCCAGGAUGUUAUGAUACUUACAAUGCAGACAUUGACUGCCAGUGGAUUGACAUCACAGAUGUGAAACCUGGAAACUAUAUCCUCAAGGUCAGUGUGAACCCUCAGUAUUUAGUCCCAGAAAGUGACUACAGCAAUAACAUAGUGCGCUGUGAUGUCCGCUACACUGGUAAUCAUGCCUCUGUGUCAGGAUGUCACAUGUCAACAUAUUAGAUAAUGGCCCUGGUCCUGGUACUGGAGAAGAAAAGGCAAGUGUGAAAACAAACAAAGAAAACAAAGUGUAUUUAGCACGCUUGUAAUUGGAGUAAAUAAAUAAAUUAUAACAGUU